AUGCAGCGGGGAUCGAGCCCUCUCCUCCUCCCGGACGCCUCCGGUCCCUCCUCCGCCGGCGCCGCCGCCUCACGGAGCCUCUGCACCCAAACGCCCCCGCUCGGGAUGCAAGCUCUCACCACAACUCAGCACGAUCGCGGAGCAGCUCUUUUAGUAUAUGACAUCGCAGACCGUGAUACUUCUGUUCAAGUUAGGAAAUGGGUUAAAGAACUUCAACAGAUGGCUCCCAAAAAUAUAGUCAUGGCAAUAGCUGCAAAUAAAAGUGAGUUGGUUAGAUCAAAGAAGUUUGAUUUCGAGAAGCUGAAAGGUUAA